AUGGCUACGAUGAGCUUUGCACCUACUGGCCACCUUCAGGUACUGCGGGAUCCACCUGAUGAAUCUCAGGAUGGCAUCGAUAUUGUUCUCGUUCCUGGCAUCGGAACUAUCUUACCGGCAGAAUGGCCGUUUGCCAAAGAAGAAUGGCUUGCCACCCUACCAAGUUCCAGUGCUGGGACACGCGUCCUCGCCUACGAAUAUGCUUCGCCAUUUGCGACCGCCAAGCCUUCAUGGGAGUCGAUCUUGAUGCUAGGUCACGACCUUCUCCAGCAUGUAAGCGACGGGCGAUACUCAGACGCGACUGCCAACAAGCCAAUCUUGAUAGUCUGCCACAGCUUAGGUGGUAUUAUAGUCAAACAGGCAUUAUGUGUCGCCAACAAGCAGUUUAACCGGUACGAAUCAAUUAUCAACGCUAUAGCUGGCGUUAUCUUCCUAAGCACUCCGCAUCGCUAUGGCGACAAGACCACCAGUUUGAUACGGUUUCGAGAUAUAUUUGAAGCGACGACCAGCAGAAACUUGAAUAUUCCAAGUACCAAUAUCGAGCAAGAAGGUGCCAUUUUGCUUGACCUUGCAGAUAGAUUCGAAAAAGUCUCAUUCAGUACCCCCAUACUAUCCGCGUACGAACUGAGAGAAUCGAAAACCAGUUCGACUACACUGCAGCAUAAAUACCAACAAUUGGUCAACCGUGAAGCUUGUUCAACUCGCGCCCGAAUGGAAACAGUCAUUGGCCUUAAUCUUAAUCAUCACGAUACAUGUCUUUUCACCCAGAGCGUUGGUGGCGAAAGUCUACCGGAGUUUAACAAUUUUGUCUACAACACUUUGCGUGCCGCCGCGCGUCUUUUUGCUAUUCAACUCAAGGACCAGGAAUCUCAAGAUGCAACGACGAGCGCUUACUCCCCCACAAUGAGCGAAUUACCACUAAAAUUUAAGCUGAAUAUCUACAUAUUACCAGGUUAUCAUAGAUGUCGGUUAGUUGAGCAAUUGGGACUCACGGAGUCGCCAUCCAACAAAGCAACGGACGGAACAUCUCUUUCGGGGUUUGAGUUGGUAACUCCUAUAGCACCAAAAUCUGAUAUUGUGAAACCCCUCCACAUACCAUGCUUCCUUCUCAAUACGCAUUCAGCAAAUCAGGAUUUCUGCGGCCGUGAAGAUAUCUUGGAACGUCUCGCAACCGAGCUCUUACCUCCAAAGAACAGAGUGACAGCAUCGGGCACCGCUAUAAGGCAGUUUGCACUUUGUGGAUUUGGAGGAAUUGGAAAGACGGAAAUAGCUCGCGAGUUUGCCCGGCGUCACAAACAUCCCUUUGAUGCGGUAUUCUGGGUCUUGGCGGAUGAAGUUGCAAAACUUGAUCACCAUUACCAGCAAAUAUCGUUAGCACUAGGACUCGAAGAAUCAUCCGAGUGCAAAAGCCAGGUUGUCAGUAGAGAGAUUGUGAAAGGGUGGCUCUCUAAUCCUCGAAAGCAUAUAUCAGGGUCGGAUGAUUUUAUUCAACCUGGCGAAGCUAGCUCGGAAGCAACUUGGUUGCUUAUAUUCGACAACGCAGAUGAGCCAAUAAUUCUGGCAGACUACUGGCUCCAAGGCAGUGGAUCGAUUCUUAUCACUAGUCCACUUUCACAGCAAGACAGCCUAUCCCUUUUCAACCACCUCACUACUGUCUCUAACGACCUAGAAGUUGACACAGCGCAAAAAAUUUCCGAUGCACUUGGUGGAAUGGCCAUUUCUCAGAUGGCUGGUAUUAUCCGUCGACAAGACCUCACUCUUUCAGAGUUUUUUGAGCUGUAUAUGGACCAUGAAGAACAUGCCAGUCCUUAUGAAACAAAGUUCGAUACGAACUUGGUCACAUAUCGUCACUCUCUCUCCACCGUAUGGGCAUUUGGGAAGCUCAAGCCUCAAACUCAACAGCUUUUGGAACUGAUAUCAUUUCUUGAUCCGGAUUCCAUCGGAGAAGACUUAUUGGAAGCAUCCGUGGAGCUGAUUUCCGAGGGCACAUCGUUUAAGAAAAGUAACUAUAUUGAGGCUCGAACUGAUCUCUUGCAAUCAUCUCUGGUCCAAAGAGAUAAGCAAAAGCAGCAAAUAUCAGUUCAUCGCAUUGUGCAAGAUGUGAUACUAGCAACAAUGGAUGUUGAGAAGAAACGGUCCAUGUUUGACCAAGUGAGUCUAACAUUCUCCCGGUAUCAAAAAGAGCGUGGACGGACAAAGCAAUUUGAUGGCUUCUUCGAAACUGCUCGCAGCAUCCGCGAGUCCUCAACACACCCAGAUCGGGAUUCCCUGCUUGCAGAUAUCCAUUUCUGCCUAGGAGCUAUAGCCAUGGAUGCGAGCAAUUUCGGCACAAGCCGCAUCCACAAGGAGCGUUCUUUUGAUCUAGUUUCCAAAAUUUGCAACGAACUUGGAACUGCAGACGACAGAUUAUACCUCGCCUACGCAGAACGAGGGAUCUCACGGAUCCAGGACGGACGGUACGAGGAAGGGGAGGCCGACCUAAAGGAGGCGCUGCGGAUACGCAAGGCUCUCGGUAACUACAUUCCGCGGUCUGGCGAGGCCAACCUGAGCUGGGCUCUCCUUUUGCAGGGCAAGUUGAAGAGUCCAACACACUUCUUCUGGAUAGCCUGGCCGGCAGAGAAAAGGCUUUAG